CUCGCUUGGGGGAGGGGGGUAUUUAUCAUGUAAAGUCUCCGACGAGGCUAAAGUUAGUUUCUUAUUCAUAGUUAGCGUCUUAUUUUUUAGAAUUCGAACUCGCCGUUCCACCUUAAAUGGUGCAGCCUGAGGCAUCAGAACGUAACUGCUGCACCAUUUAAGAUGGAACGGAAAAUUAAAAAAAAAAAAAGAAAGCUGGCGAAUAAGAAGCUGAUUUCAUCUUCGUGCUUUUUCUCGACAUUUCCCAGAAUAGAUCGUGUCACUGAGAUAAAAAAAACAGCGUUAUCUGAAAAAGACGUAGAUAUAAAGCUGAGGGGACGAAAAAAGGAACGUGUUUCCUAUUUCACCGCCUGCACGCGCGCUGAGGCGAGCUCAUGACAGCUGAUCCAACGCGCGGACUCGCUAGAGGUGACCGGCCACAGAGCAGCCGCGGGAAUGGCACAGAGCUGGGGCAGCUUCUUCUACUCCCUUCUCGAUUACAAGACCGAGAAGUUCAUGAUCGCAAAGAACAAGAAAGUAGGGGUAAUUUUCAGGCUUUUCCAGCUGGGAGUGAUUGGAUACCUGAUUGGGUGGGUCUUCUUAUGGAAGAAAGGGUACCAAGAGAGAGAAGAGGCCAUCCAGAGCUCUGUGUUUACUAAGCUUAAAGGUGUUGCCUUCACCAACAGCACAGAUCUAGGCAUCCAGGUAUGGGGCGCCGAAGACUACGUUAUACCUUCUCAGGGGGAUAGAGUCUUCUUUAUAGUGACCAAUUACCUCGAGACUCCGAACCAAAGGCUGGGCUUCUGUGCUGAGAGUCAAAAGGUACCAGAUGGUCUUUGUUCAAGCAGUGCUGAUUGUGUGGAGGGAGAAACAGUCAUAGCAGGUCACGGUGUGAAGACGGGGCGAUGUAUGAACGAGACGGGUACGUGUGAGAUUCAUGGCUGGUGUCCUGUCGAGCACAGUCACACACCCUCGAAGCCCUUGCUGGGAAAAUCAGAAAACUUCACCAUUUACAUCAAGAACUUCAUAAGAUUUCCAAAGUUUGACUUCUCCAAAUCCAAUGUUCUAUCCACCACCAACAAGACAUAUCUAAAGACAUGUUACUACAACAAGGACCACAACCCUUACUGCCCCAUCUUUCGCAUUGGAGAUGUGGUACACUGGACUGGUCACAACUUCCAAGAAAUGGCUGUCAAGGGUGGAUCUAUUGGAGUGGUGAUUAACUGGAGCUGUGAUUUAGAUAAAGAUUACUCCAAAUGCAACCCUGAGUACAGCUUCACCCGCCUGGACGCUUCCAAAGACUCAACCAAUUCGGUCACCUCCGGAUACAACUUCAGAUUUGCUCGAUAUUACAGAGAUGCAGACGAACGGACGUAUCGCUCUCUGUAUAAAGUCUACGGCAUUCGAUUUGAUAUAAUGGUCAAUGGGCAAGCAGGGAAGUUUAAUAUUAUUCCCACGGUGGUGAACAUUGGAUCUGGACUUGCCUUAUUGGGUGCUGGCGUGUUCAUCUGUGACAUGAUCCUGCUCUACAUGACGAGCACAAGCUCUUUCUACAGAGAGAGGAAAUUUGAGCCUAUUGGAAGAAAUAGGGAGCAAAGGCCCAGAGACAUGAAGCAUGGCAGACACCACCGACACACCCAGGAUGGACACCACAGGAAAGAGGACAAGUCGGCUGCAGAGGAACAACCACUCACACCAGUGUCGUCCCCAUCGGCUCACAGUCCAGUGAGGCAGCCUGUGGCUGUAGACUCUUCACUGAAACCUCACAGUCUUGAAACAAGAGAACAGCCCACGGUCAAACUCCACCGCAAUCCUGAGAGAAAGGCCAUGUCUCCAGUCUGGUCUUCCACAACCCCACGCAGCCCUUUGAAAUGAAGGGACAAAGCAAAGAGACGGUCGCCACCACCCUCAGGAUUGUCUUUAUAGGAGGAAAUGAAGGAAAAAUUGAGCUCACGUGCAGGUCCUUCCACCUGUCAAUCAGCUUUCAGAACCAUUGGGAAACAACAGGUUGUCUGCUGGCAGUUCAGUUUGAUGCUUUCUAAAGGGCCCAUAUUAUGGAAAACUAAAACUUCCUCACUUUUUUAAAUAAAGAAUUUGAUGUAGUA